AUGAAGGAGAUAUUACAGAGUCUUUUAUGUGUAAGUGAACAGUAUAGAGACUCAUUCCCUGCAGUUCAGAGACUCACUCCAGUUAUUCAGAGACUAACCUCAGAAGUUCGGAUUCAUUCCAAUAGUUUAGAGACUCAUCCCAGGAGUUCAAACUCUUCCCGUAGUUCAUACACUCACUCCAGCAGUUCUGAGACUCACUCCAGCAGUUUUGAGCCUCACUCCAGCUGUUCAGAGACUCACUCCAGCAGUUCUGAGACUCACCCCAGCAGUUCAGAGACUCACUCCAGCAGUUCUGAGACUCACUCCAGCUGUUCAGAGACUCAAUCCAGCAGUUCUGAGACUCACUCUAGCAAUUCAGGCACUCACUCCAGCAGUUCAAGGAAUUCCUCCAGCAGUUCAGGCACUCACGCCAGCAGUUCAGAGACUCACUCCAGCAGUUCAGGCACUCCUCCAGCAGUUCAGGCCUCCUCCAGCAGUUCAGAGACUCCUCCAGCAGUUCUGAGACUCACUCCAGUGGAUUCAGGGAGCUCACUCCAGCAUUCUGAGACUCCUCCAGCUACCAGAGACUCCAAUCCAGCAGUUCUGAGACUCACUCCAGCAGUUCAGGGAACUCCUCUCCUUGGUUCAAGGCCUCCUCCAACCGGUUCAAGUACUCACCCCAGCUGUUCAGAGACUCACUCAGCAGUUCUGGGGCUCCUCCAGCAGUUCAGGCACUCCUCCAGCAGUUCAGGGACUCACUCCAGCAGUUCAGGCACUCACUCCAGCAGUUCAGGCACUCACUCCAGCAGUUCAGAGACUCACUCCAGCAGUUCUGAGACUCACUCCAGUAGUUCAGAGACUCACUCCAGCAGUUCUGAGACUCACUCCAGCAGUUCAGAGACUCACUCCAGCAGUUCUGAGACUCACUCCAGCUGUUCAGAGACUCAAUCCAGCAGUUCUGAGACUCACUCCAGCAGACCAGAGACUCACUCCAGCAGUUCAGAGACUCCUCCAGUAGUUCUGAGACUCACUCCAACAGUUCAGAGACUCACUCAGCAGUUCUGGGAGCUCAUUCCAGCUGUUCAGAGAAAUCCAGCAGUUCUGAGACUCACUCCAGCAGUUCAGAGACUCCCUCCUAGCAGUUCAGGCACUCCUCCAGCAGUUCGAGAGACUCACUCAGCGGUUCUGAGACUCAUUCCAGCUGUUCAGAAAUCCAGCAGCUCAGAGACUCACUCUAGUUCAGGCACUCCUCCAGCAGUUCAGAGACUCACUCCUAGCAGUUCAGGCACUCCACUCAGUAGUUCUGAGACUCACUCCAGCAGUUCAGGGCGCUCACUCCAGCAGUUCUGA